AUGAGAUGCAGUAGCCUGUGCAGUAUCACUUCUCAACAUGCAAAACAGGUCCCCACACCACCAAAACUGGUCCCCACACCACCAAAACAGGCCCCCACACCAUCAAAACAGGUCCCCACACCACCAAAAUGCAAAACAGGUCCCCACACCACCAAAACUGGUCCCCACACCACCAAAACAGGCCCCCACACCAUCAAAACAGGUCCCCACACCACCAAAACAGGCCCCCACACCACCAAAACAGGUCCCCACACCACACCACCAAAACAGGUCCCCACACCACCAAAACAGGUCCCCACACCACCAACAUGCACAACAGGUCCCCACACCACCAACAUGCACAACAGGUCCCCACACCACCAAAACAGGUCCCCACACCACCAAAACAGGUCCCCACACCACCAACAUGCAAAACAGGUCCCCACACCACCAAAACAGGUCCCCACACCACCAACAUGCAAAACAGGUCCCCACACCACCAACAUGCAAAACAGGUUCCCACACCACCAACAUGCACAACAGGUCCCCACACCACCAAAACAGGUCCCCACACCACCAAAACAGGUCCCCACACCACCAACAUGCACAACAGGUCCCCACACCACCAAAACAGGUCCCCACACCACCAAAACAGGUCCCCACACCACCAAAACAGGUCCCCACACCACCAACAUGCAAAACAGGUCCCCACACCACCAAAACAGGUCCCCACACCACCAAAACAGGCCCCCACACCACCAAACUGUUGAUGAGAUACAGUAG